AUGCGGCCGAUUGCUUGUUUGCGCCGGUCCGAGGCCGAUCCUGCCGUCGUUGGCGGUGUCUGUCUUGCGCCGGUCGAAGUUGCAUGGCUUGCCGCGUUGGCGAGAGUCGUGCGGCAGUCGGUGGAGUCGGACGAUGGCCUGGAGUGCCUGGGCGAGCUCGUCGACGUAUCGUGCCUCCGCCAAUUCUGCAGCCAGGACACGGUCCGGUUCGUGGUCAUGCCAUCCAACUUGGCCCUGGCUGCCUCGAACACGACACGCAUUGUCUCCGAACGGCUUCAUUGCCUCGCCCAGGCAGCAAUGCAACGUCAAGACCGUGUGGUUCAAGCGCUCUAG